CAAGGCCCAUGGCAGUGACAUGCCGUCCUGGUAUCAGGUCCAGCAAGGGCUUCGGGACUGAGCUACUGUAUCUGCUACCUCGGCCACAAGGCAGAGGUUCUGCCAUACGAGCUGAUUCGUUUGCUCUUCCACAUCCCCCGCAGCAUUCGUAGCUCGGUGACGGUGGAGCUUCUCGAGUCUCUAUAUAUGUCCCUGAUAUGGGCCUGGAACAUCAACCAACUUCACUUGCAACUCUUCUGCUUCCUCUUACGAGUCAGAGUCGAUCGCUUGCUCUUCCAAUUCCCUCGAUCCUUUGAUUGACUCUGCUCGUUCGAGGCCAGUGAUCUCUCUGCUCUCGUCUACAUUUCCGAACUCUCUCCUCAGCUAUUGCACUCAUCUAGUCUAGUAGACUACACAAGGUCAGCGGGCUCGACGCUCAAUAAUUCUUCGUAUCUUCAAGCAACAUCGUCUGGAUUCAGUUGCGUCUUCAGGACUCGUGAUGGCUUCCACCAUGCGUUCAGCCGCUGCCUCCGCUUUGAUCGCCGCCGUCGCCAUCUCCAGUGUCGGAGUGGCUUUGGCACACGGUGAUCACGCUCAUGCCCCAGCACCAGGCCCUGCAUCAACCUCAGCGGCUGCUGGGUUUCUACCCGGCUCCAUCUUCACCAGCCUCGUCGUCACCAUCACUGGAUUCAUUGCCGCCAGGUGCCUCUGAGAAUGCACAUGCCAUGGCUGCUGAUAUAGACAAAAAGUGGAGGAGUCCAAUUCUACUGGGGAUUUAUCCAAGGGCUCCCUGCUGGAACUCGAGCCGUCAACUUCGUCUCGUCUGAUGCAGUUGAAAGAACUUCUCGACGCGACAUAAGUCAGAACUUCGUGACUUCACAAGCACAUAGCUAACUUCAGAAAGUCUAACUUCCACCAUCUCCAAGUAGACGAUGACUUUCGCAUCGAUCCAUCAUCAUAAUGCCAGAACGGAGAGCUGGGGGUGUGUAGAGAUUAACGAACAUCGGCAUUUGUAUUCUGCACUUAGGUGGUGCUCUGAAUUCCGCCUACUUUUGAAAUAAGACAUUUUCUUCUCUGAUUAAGCCUCGAGUGGAUUCUAUCUCAGUUGACCAAUUCGAGACCAUGACUCGCUCAACUUGUUUCACCUCGCUCGACCUCCGAUUGUUUGUCCUAACUAAAAACCUCUGAAACAACUUCAUCGAUCUUUUAAUUGAGAUCUUCAUCUUUCUGGCUAAGAGUAUUUUGGAUUUCACUUUUUCGAAAGAACUAUGCUUUGCUGUGACUUAACU